GCACGCGGUCCAUGUUCAGAAGUGUAGACCRGAAUAGCUGACGAACGAACAAGAACUAUCCCAAACCCGUGAAUCAUCAAUAGCUUUAUUGCAAUAAUAAUUAAUUUGCGUUUUAACCUAGUGCGUGUCUUAUUAUCCGUGCACCGGAUAUUACAAUCGACUUAACUCCCGAUGUGUUAAUAUAUUGGUCAGACUCAUAUCAAGAUCGAAGAGGAUCGUAMCAYUAUCGAUUUACCGCUCCUGCAGCGGUAGUGUCAUGCGAUCGGACUGGUCGUCGACGGCGCUCUGCAUGACAUUGGUCGUGACGUUGAUUCUUGACAAUGCGUGCACGUCGAAAAGACAAAAACGCCAACUGUUCCGUGAGAAUGUAUUGCCAUACUUUGGUGGUAAAAUACCAGAUUCUGCGUUUCAUGCAGAUCGAUUGGCACUAAAUAUGCUGAACAAAGAAGGAAUAUCUGUGCCAGAUGGUAUUCUAUUCGAAUCCAGACCCAAAGAAUCAUUCCACCAAAGUCAACGGAACGAUCCAGAACUACUCAACUCUAUAGUCAAAAUGAUCCAUACGCCAGACGGCAGGUUUAUACCAUCAGAAGGUCAGUAUGAGGCUGAUAACGAAGUAGAGUCUACGUACAAAAUAUUUAUACCCUCAAAUAUACAAAAAUAUCAUCUACCGAGGUUUAGGCCGGUACCAGAAGCGUUACAGCUGUCCAGCGUUCAGCAUGUAUUUGAGAAUGGCCGGUUGUCAAUCRCACCCAUUGUGGGACAAAUAGGUGUUCCAUUAUAUCCUAUAUUACAGAAUUGGAAUUCAGAUGAUGCCCACCGGCCCUACGUUGAACAGUUCAAUCACAAUGUCAAUCAGAUCAUAAAUGUCCAAUCARACGUUAAAAACGUACAUUUGACAAGUUUUGUGUGCGAUAGAUCAGGAAAAAUGUAUCCAGAUCCAGAAACUCAAUGUCAGGUUUUUCACUUAUGCCAUUUCAAUGGAUUCAGAGAGACAUUCUUUUGUCCACAGGGAACUCGAUAUAAUCCAACRUUACAGGAAUGUAGACUUUGGUACUUGACUCCUUGUCUGGAUAUACGAAGGCCUUUUUAUUAUUAAGUCAAUACAAUAUGAAAAUAAUUUAUUACAAUUAUUUUCGAUUUUAACGUUCAUAGAAGUCUGUGAAUAAUAUUCCUUAAUGCAUCUAUUGUAUCACAUAAUACUAUUUUACAAGUAAAAUUAAUUGAAUACGUAUUAUUUAAUUCAAACAAAAAUAGAUCAAAUUAUGUGUCUGAUGCCACAAAUUGUCUUACAAACAAUAAUAC